CCCGCCGCCAUGGCGGCCCCGCCGCACAACAACCUCCGGGAGCAGCUCCGCCGGCACUCGGCCCGCGGUGCCCUCCGCCCGGCCCCGCCGCGCCUGCGGCCCACGGGCUUCACCUUCAAGAGACCCUCCGCGGCCCCCGCCGCGCUCCGGGACCAGGACGUGAACACCGUGAGGAGUGUGCCUCAGCCCGGCCCCGUCAUCACCAUCGAGGACGAGUGGGACGACAUCGACGACUUCGAUCUGUCCGGGGCCGGGAGCAGGCGCUGCCCGGGACCGCUGCUGACCCCCCGCGGGCAGCGGGAGGCCCCGCCGGGGGACGCGGAGCCUCGGGCCUCGCCGGAGCCCUCGUCCGUGCAGCCGCUCAUCAGCGGGGGCCUGGGGCAGGGUGCGCCUGCGGAGCCUCCCCCGGGUCCUGCUGGUCCAGGUGAAGGCAGCCAGAAGCCAAGCAACGAGAACAGCCCCCCCGAGCUGGAUGAGGCCGAGCUUGCAGCGCUCACCGGUGCUGAGCUCGGGGAGGAUGAUGACCUGGAUGUGAUUCCGCCUUCCCCUGAGGAAGAGCUGCCGAGCUUCUCGCCUUCUGUGAAGAGCUUCAGUAGUGUUUGUAAAGAGUCUCCCACUGAUGGAAGAUCCACAGCGGGCAGCGUUGCAUCCAAGCCUGGGGCUGCUGCCACAACGCAGCCUGUUGCUGGGGUGGAGGAUGCAGAUAAAGGCUUGCCUCUGGAACAGCAGCUCUAUGGUGUCAUGGAGGAGAUCUGUAAGCUGGUAGAGACCAUUCCACUUCAUGAGCUCAAGUCUCUGUCGUGUGCUAAAGACCUUCUCCAGCAGCGAGACCUCAGGAGAAAAUUGCUCUCUAGUUCUGUUGCUUUGAACAAACGCAGCUUCAACAGCAGCUUUCCCAGAGCCUGGCAGGCGCCUGUGGAGCGGGGCUCUCCCACAUGUCCUGGUGCUGCACCAUGUCCUGGCCCCAGCUGGAGCUUCCAUCCUGGCAGAAACUCUCCCACAGCCACAACCUCCCCUUCCCUGCUGCUGGGCUCUGCUCAUUCAAGCAAGUUUUCUACCCCUAGAAAUCAAACCUGGGAUACCUCAUAUGCUUCAAAGCAAAGUGUUGAGGAGGUCACCUCCUCGGACACCACUGCACUGUCUUCCUCCAAGGUGAAUGGUGCAGAGGGAGCUUCCCUCAGCCUCUAUCCUGAGGCAACCCUCAACCGCCCCUCGAGGAGCAGCGAAAUCCACCCUCUGCUGCAGAGGCCUCUUGCAAGCACAGCUCCCAAAGGGCAGAGCAAGGCUCCCAUUGGCAUUCCUGCAGAAACCACUUCAGCUAUACAUGAUGCUGACUUUGACCUGGACCCCAUUGAUAUUGAUGAUUUUGAUGAGGGCUGGGAGGACAUGGUGGAUAUUUCAGCACCAGGGGUGCAGUCCACACCCUUGUACCAGCCCAUCAGGGAAGGGCCACCGGCCAAAUCGCUGCUCUCAAAGAUAAUGUCCAAGGCCAAGGGAUCUGCUGUUGUAUCAAAUCCUGCUGCUUCCAAGUCAAGCUCCUUGAUGACAACAAAGAACUAUUCAGCUCCAGCAGUUGUUAACCCUGCACUGGAGCGUUUCAGGGGCCUGAAAUUUUCCCAUUCUGAAGAAAUGAUGACUGUAUUUCACAAGAAGUUUGGGCUGCACUGCUUCAGGACAAACCAGCUGGAGGCCAUCAACGCUGCUCUGCUGGGCGAAGACUGUUUCAUCUUAAUGCCCACUGGUGGUGGCAAGAGCUUGUGCUACCAGUUACCAGCGUGUGUCUCUGCUGGAGUCACUAUUGUUAUCUCUCCACUGAGGUCGCUGAUAAUAGACCAGGUUCAGAAACUGAAGACUUUAGAUAUUGCUGCAACAUACCUGACUGGGGAUAGAACAGAUGCUGAUGCCUCACAGAUAUACAUGCAACUGUCAAAAAAAGAUCCUGUGAUAAAGCUCCUGUAUGUCACCCCUGAGAAGGUCAGUGCAAGCAACCGGCUGAUGUCAGCCCUGGAGAACCUCUACAGCAGGAAGCUCCUCGCACGGUUUGUCAUUGAUGAGGCCCAUUGUGUCAGCCAGUGGGGUCACGACUUUCGACCAGACUACAAGAGACUGAACAUGCUCCGCAAGAAGUUUCACGCUGUUCCCAUGAUGGCCCUCACUGCAACUGCCAACCCCAGAGUGCAGAAGGAUAUCCAGAAUCAGCUCGAGAUGCUAAAGCCACAAGUGUUUACAAUGAGCUUCAACAGGCAUAACUUGAAAUACGAUGUAUUGCCCAAGAAGCCAAAGAAGGUGGCAAUGGAUUGCUUGGAAUGGAUUAAGAAAAAUCAUCCACAUGACUCUGGGAUAAUUUAUUGCCUUUCCCGACACGAGUGUGACACCACAGCAGCCAUUCUGCAGAAGGAGGGUCUGGCUGCGCUGGCCUAUCACGCUGGCCUCACCGACUCCAACAGAGAUCUCGUGCAGAAGAAGUGGAUUAACCAAGAGGGAUGCCAGGUUAUAUGUGCAACAAUUGCCUUUGGGAUGGGAAUCGACAAGCCUGACGUGCGCUACGUUAUCCAUGCCUCUCUUCCUAAAUCCAUAGAAGGUUACUACCAGGAGUCUGGCAGAGCUGGGCGGGAUGGGGAGAUGUCCCACUGUGUCCUCUUCUACAGCUACAGCGACGUCACCAGACUGCGGAGGCUAAUCCUGAUGGAGAAGGAUGGGAACAGCCACACGAGGCAGACCCACUUCAACAACCUGUACAGCAUGGUUCACUACUGUGAGAACGUGGUGGACUGCCGGAGAAUCCAGCUUUUGGCCUACUUUGGGGAAACUGAUUUUAAUCCCACCUUCUGUAAAGAUCACCCAGAAGUGAUCUGUGAUAACUGCAGCAGGAAGAAGGAUUACAAAUCAAGGAAUGUAACAGAUGAAGUGAAGAACAUUGUAAGAUUUGUACAAGAGCAUUGUGGACAGAAGGGACGAGCAAAUGGAAAGAGAAAUGCAGGUUCUGGGAGAUACACCUUGAACAUGAUGGUAGACAUCUUCCUAGGUACAGCGAGUGCGAAGAUUCAGUCUGGAAUAUUUGGGAAGGGAGCUGCCUACUCAAGGCAUAAUGUGGAAAGGCUGUUUAGAAAACUGGUCCUGGACAAGAUCCUGGAUGAAGACCUGUAUAUCACAGCUAAUGACCAAGCCGUGGCCUAUGUCGUCCUGGGAGAGAAUGCUCAAGCUGUGCUAGAGGGAUCACUACAGGUUGAGUUCCAUGAAACAGAAAGUGCCAGUGCCAUCAGAAAGCAAAGGGCCUCCCUGGCAAAGAUGUCCCAGCGGGAAGAGAUGGUCAAGAAGUGCCUCAGUGAGCUCACAGACACAUGCAAAACACUUGGGAAGGUCUUUGAUGUGCAUUACUUCAACAUUUUCAGUACUUCAACCCUGAAGAAAAUUGCAGAAUCCUUGUCUUCGGAUGCAGAGGUUUUACUGCAGAUCGAUGGUGUCACUGAAGACAAGCUGGAAAAAUAUGGUGGAGAGAUAAUGAAAGUGAUGGAGAAGUACUCGGAAUGGACCACACCAGAAGAUGCUGGUGGCCAAAGUGUGGACACAGGCCCGGGAAGCGCUGGCACACAAGGGAGUGAUGAAGAGGAAGAUGAAGGAACAACCUCAAGCUACUUUUGCAAUAACACAAACCAAAGAAGGAAAAGGCAAAGGCCACCAAACUUCAGAGACUCCAAGCGGAAGAAGACAAGUAACGGUGGUGGGCAGCAGUUCCAGCACAGACGUGGUUUCAGCAAGCGCAGAAGGACCAAGAGGCCACCCAGCUCCAAGGCUCCGGCCCCAUCCAGCAGCAGCACAUCGUGGCAGGGCCUCAGCGCCACGCAGGGAGCUGCUGGAAAGCUGGGCUUCAUGGCACUGCCCAAGCCCAAAACCAGACCCUUCCUCCAGCCCUCGUACGUGGUACUGUAACUGCUGAGCAAAAGCAGCCCUGGAUGUAAUCACUGUUCAUUCGAUUGUUGAUUUCAAUUGUUGUUUACUUCGUGAAACCUGCCCCGAUUUGUAUAUUUGUCAGGUACAAAACCUCAUGUUAAAUAAACGUUUU